AUACUCCACAAAUUAAGAUAUUUUUUAACACUAAUUGAUUAAUUCAUCUUAUAGAAAUACUUCGCAAAACGCCCGGCAAUUAAUUAGCUUUUUUAGUUUUCAUCCCGGACUUGCAAGAAUCAUUACCAAAAAUUAAUCUACAGAAGUUGCGAAAUCAUCAUAAUCAUCUUAUGAUUUACAUCGCCAUAAUCCCUGUGACCGAACUGUAGAUUCACAAUUUCCCAUCCCACCCUAAACCACGCUAAUCAUUUUCUCAGGGAAAAAAAAAACAACAAAGGACCAAAGUCAUUAACGCUCAAACAACCAAAAAAAAAAAAAAAACAGAGGAGAAAAGCAAAUCCAUCUCAUUCCAUUCCAUUCCAGCAACAGGAAAUCUUCCGCAGUCACUGGUGCGAAAUGAAGAAAGAAGCAAAGAGAGAGAUGAGCAUAGGUGACUCGGCAGAAUUGGAAGAGAACCUUCCACUCAAAGACCGCCUCAAAGCGUUCAAGAGUUCCAGCUUCGAUCCUGACGCUUAUUUCACCACACGAUGUCAGACCAUGAAUGAGAAGGAAAUUCGUCACCUCUGUUCCUAUCUUAUAGAGCUCAAGAAAGCCUCCGCCGAGGAGAUGCGGAAGAGCGUUUACGCCAAUUACGCCGCCUUCAUCCGCACGUCAAGAGAGAUCACGGAUUUGGAAGGGCAGCUUCUCUCGAUGAGGAAUCUAUUGUCGAAUCAGGGAGGUCUGGUUCACGCAUUGAACGAGCAGGUCCGCAUCGAUUCGUUGUGGGUAGGCACCGAUCAAACCCUAAAGGAGGAUCUCUCUCAGAUAGACAAGAUGGAGCUUUCCAAAACAGAGGAAUGGCUGAUGGAAUUCUCAAACACGUUGGACGUUUUGCUCGCCGAGAGGAGAAUGGACGAGGUCAUGAAUGCACUGCUCAAGGGAGAAAUGCUAGUUGAAGAUGCCAGCGACACCCCGGAGACGAACCCUAAAUUUCUCGUGGCGAUGCAGGCUUCGAUCACGGAGCAAAGGAUGAGGUUCGCUGAUCAACUUGCGGAGACAAUCAGCCAGCCAUCUACUCGGAGAUCGGAGCUUCGGUCCGCUGUUCAAGCUCUCAAGAGGCUCGGGGAUGGCCCUCGUGCUCACACGUUGCUUCUUCAGUACCACCAGAAGAAGUUGCAGUCUUCCAUGAGGAACAUUCGCUCCUGCAACAGCUCGCAUGGAGGCGGAGGAACUUAUGCGACCGUGCUUUCGCAGUUUGUUUUCUCCACGAUAGCUCGGGCAGCUAGUGAUUGCAUGUCUGUGUUUGGGGAUGAGCCUGCUUAUACAUCUGAGCUUGUGACUUGGGCUGUCAAGCAAACCGAGGCGUUUGCUCUUCUUCUCAAGAGGCAUGUUCUGGCUUCCUCUGCUGCUACCGGUGGUCUUCGAGUUGCUGCGGAUUGUUUGCAAGUGUGUUUGGGACAUUGUUCGUUGCUUGAAGCUCAGGGACUUGCACUUUCUCCUGUUCUGUUGAGAAUCUUUAGGUCGAGCGUCGAGCAGGCAUUCCAUUCGAAUUUGAAGAAGAUUGAGCAUAGCACUACUGCAUUGGCUGUUUCGGAUGAUUGGGUGUUAUCCUUUUCACCUGCGAAUGGAAAGUCUAUGUCUUCUUCCGCUGCUAGUAACUCGGUUGGAUCACAACCUAAGCUCUCAUCCAGUGCCAACAAAUUCAACUCAAUGGCUCAGGAAUUCCUGGAGGACAUAGUGCCUUUGGAGUGCCUUCAUUUGGAUGGACCGGCAUUGGAAGGCGUUCAACGCGCCUUCAACUCGUACGUCGAUUUGUUAAUCCAAGCAUUGCCAGGUUCGACGGAGACUGAAGAUCACUUGGAAGGUUGUGGCAGGAUUGUUCAGCCAGCAGAGACUGAAAUCCAACAGUUUGCAUUACUAGCAAAUGCGUCAUUGUUGGCAGAUGAACUACUACCACGUGCUGCCAUGAAGCUUCUGUCAUCCUCCAACAACAAAGUGGAUGAACAACAACAACAACAAUCCAAGAGGGGAUCCGAAAGGCCAUCUCAUCUCCCAGAGCAAAGGGAAUGGAAGAGGAAGCUUCAACGCUCCGUCGAUCGAUUAAGAGAUAGCUUCUGCAGAUUACACGCACUGGAGCUUAUAUUUACAGACGAAGGUGACACCAAUCUGAAUGCACACAUCUACACUAGUAUGGAUGAUCACACUGAAGAGCCAGAAUGGUUUCCAUCUCCAAUUUUUCAGCUUGUGUUCACAAAAAUUACUACGUUGGCAAGCAUAGCAACAGAUGUAUUUGUGGGUAGGGAAAGGUUUGCAACUGUUCUAUUGAUGAGACUCAUGGAGACUAUAAUCCUUUGGCUCUCUGAUGAUCAAGCAUUUUGGGAAGAGAUUGAGCAGGGAGCCAAACCUUUAGGACCUUUCGGCCUUCAACAGUUAUAUUUGGACAUGGAGUUUGUGUUGAUCUUUGCAUCCCAAGGUCGUUACUUAUCCAGAAGUCUACACCAAGUCAUUAAGGACAUCAUAGCAAGAGCAAUCGAUGCUGCUGCUGCUACCGGUGUCGAUCCAUACAGUGUGUUGCCCGAGGAAGAUUGGUUCAAUGAGGUCUCUCAGAUAGCAAUCAAAAUGUUGACGGGGAAAGGAAACUUUGGAAGUGUGGAGAGGGAUGUUGCCAGCCCUACUGCUUCUAUCUCUGCCUCUUCUGUCAUCUCAGAUGCCAACUAGUUGCUUUACCUCUUCACCCCCAUAACCAGUUCUAUAGAGUUGUUCUAGUACAUGGGGAAAAAAUAGUUCUGAUUCCUUCAUUUUUUGUUUCAACCAGAAGGCCUCGAGUUGUAGAACUCGCUUUUUCUUGUGCUGAGUGAAAGAAAAGGACUUUCAGUGUGGUAAGUUAGAUAAUUGGGAGCCAAAUCUCCAAUUCCAAACAAAGCCAUUUUGGAUAUGGGCUUUGACACAACAAACAAUAGCUCUAGACUCAAAUGUUUGUUUUCAAUGAGGAGUAACAAAACUCAACUGUGAGAUCUGUAAAAUGUGAAAGAAAGAUAAAUCGAGACUCGGUUUACGUGGUUCUUCCUCAUGUUGUGUGAGGCUUACAUCCACGGGGAAUUUGCUUCUACGUUUUAUUGAUAGUCGGCUUGAUAGUACAAGCCAUAUUCUUAUACCCUGUUACAUCGAAAUUAUCUAGGGUUACAACGUGAAGAUAUGAGCUAGAGGAGUCGCCCAUGGGCCUUGUCUCUGCAUGGGCUGCAUGUGCACGACGUGGGCCUGGAGUCAGCUUGGCAGCAUCACGUCGGUCUCGGUCCAAUAAGAUCCUUGCUAAAAA